AUAUAACUGAAGCCGGACGGUGGAGACCCGCACAGUUCAGUCAGCAUCAGCCGUCUCCGCCCGGACCUCCACCUGGUGCGUCGUGCUCCCUGCGCUGGACCAGACAUGCACCUGAGCGCGCACGAGUCGUGCCACGCCGUCUUCUUAUUACUUUGCAUUCUGUUGAAGAGCUCCCAGGCCUUCAAAAACGAUGCCACAGAGCUCCUGUUCACGCGUGUGAGCGUACCGGUGAGGGAAGCUCCGAGCAACGCGUCCCUGAACCGCGCACGGAGCGGCGGCAGAGGCGCCGGCGCGGGAGGCGCCGCCGCGCACGACAGAGGAGAACGAAGUCAAAUCGGAUGCAGAGAGCUGAGGUCCACUAAGUACAUCUCUGAUGGCCACUGCACCAGCAUUAACCCCAUCAAGGAGCUAGUGUGCGCUGGCGAGUGUCUCCCAGCUCAUAUGCUUCAAAACUGGAUUGGCAGCGGCCAUGGCAGGAAGUUCUGGAGUCGUCGGAGCAGCAAUCAGGAUUGGCGUUGUGUUAACGACAAGACACGCACCCAGCGUAUCCAACUGCAGUGCCAGGAUGGCAGCACGCGAACGUACAAAAUCACUGUGGUCACAUCGUGUAAAUGUAAGAGGUACUCGAGGCAACACAACGAGUCCGGAAACAAGUUUGGAGAGCAGGCUGUGUCACCUCCACAAGUCCACCACAAGUCCAGCAAGAAGAGGAGGCUGGGAAAAAACCGACUGAGUGAGAAUUGGCAUGAGACUGAAUCUUGAAGACCGACAAGCAUGUUGACUCUUUGAAACCCACAAGAGCUCUCUCUCAGUGAUGUUGAAACGCAACAACUAGAGUUUAUAGUUGUGGAUGUUUAUCUUGCGAUGUGACUGGGACUUGAUUCAUGAAGCUUGUUCCUCACCAUGAUGGAAACCUCCAAAUGGCAAGCUAAGAACUUUUCUUGACUUUAUAUUCCAUGUCAUUCAAGAAAAUGGAGGGUGCAGCUUUCUUGAACCCAGAGUCAGUUUACAUUGACCCAAACGUAGCAUGUGUAUGGGUUUUAGUACUCGUUUUAUAAGCGGACAGAUGUUUCAGUAACCAGUGCCAGCAAACAUCUGUAAAUAUCCUGUGUCAAUACUUGUACAUAUGUCAGAUUCUUACUUGCUUUGAAGUAUGGCCAUGUGUAAAAAGAAACAAAUAUUUUUGACAUGUAAACUAUGAUGUAAUAUAUUUGUGUCAACAUGUAGCUAAGGUUUGCAUUGCUUUGUCACAACUCCAUGUUAUAGCAGUGUCAUAUGAAAUAAAUAUCCAUUUCAUCACAUUUAUUGUUGUCAUUGGGAGAUUUUCAAAAUAAGAAAUGAUUUUGAAUUGAAUUUAUGAUUUAUUUUCAAAGUGCCAUUCUUAAAACAAUAAAUACUGUAA